ACUACAGACUCUGUACUACAUUGAACAAUUAUUUAUUAAACAUUAAAUAUUAAAUAUAGUUUAGAUUAGUUAUACCUUUUGUAUAAUAUUUACAAUUUUCAUAGAAUCUAAGCUUAAUGGCCGGUUCAGACUACACGAUUCUCAGACAUUCCUCCACGAUUUACCAUGUCACACUAUAAGAUCACAGAGUCAGGAAAUCGGGCCUUGUCUCGUCGUAAGACUGGCCACACUACAAGAUUCUCAGACAUUCCUCCACGAUUUAACAUGUCACACAUCAUGUUACUACUCCAUCACCACUCCCCCUCCCGAUUCCUCAGGUCCAAUUCUGCCAACCUGCUACAAGUUCCACGGACUGAGCGACGGACUUGGGGUCUCCAGUCUGCUAUGAAUGAGGAGAGAGAGGAGGGGGGUCCUACCUCUAAAACCACUCUGUCUGGGGAACAUGGCCGCCAGAGAAAAGCUAAGAGCCCAGAGCAGCAGGAGAGAGCAGACUCCCCUGGACCCAGCUGUGUCUCCAUGAAGAGUGACUGGUCUAUGGGUCAUCCUCCUGACAUUAAGGAUGGACGCCCCUCCAGAAAGAAGAGACAACCCCAUGAGAGAUCAAAGGUUACCAGUGCUCAGUCUGUACAGCAGCAUCAAACAGAGCUGAUCAAGAGGGCUGAGAAGAACGCACACGCUUUUCUAGACAAGGAGCUGAAGAAGCUCUGGAGGAUUAUUUUCCUAGAUUACCCACAAUUCUCAGAGAGUCAGAAGGCGGAGGAGGAGGAGAAGGUUGAUAGUAAGAACGAGGAGCAGAGGAGGCGUGCCACAGAGGGAGUGGUAGACAUCACAUUGCUCUGCCUGAUGGAGAUGAACCAGGAGGAACUGGCAGAUAAACUGUGGCGCGGUACUGUUGCCGUCGUGUGCAAAGGUAAAAUCAAGUCCCGUCUGAAGGAGAAGUUCAGGUUUGUGUUUGAGGGAAUCGCUAAAGCAGGACAGCCAACAGGUCUGAAUGACUUCUACAUAGAGCUCUUCAUCACAGAUAGAGGCAAUGAAGAGGCAAACAAGGAACAUGAGGUCAGACUGAUUGAAACAACUUCCAGGAAAUCAGCAAACCAGGAAACACCGAUCAAAUGUGAAGACAUUUUUAAACCCUUACCUACUAGGCAAGGUCAGCCAAUCAGAACAAUAAUGACAACUGGAGUGGCUGGCAUUGGUAAAACUGUCUUAACAAACAAGUUCACUCUGGAUUGGGCUGAAGGCAAAGCCAACCAGGACAUAGACUUCACAUUUGCCUUCACUUUCAGAGCGCUGAAUUUACUGAUUGGGAAAGAAUUUAGCUUGGUCGAACUCCUUCAUCACUUCUUUAUUGAAACCAAAGAAGCAGAAAUCUGCAGAUACGACCGGUUCAAAGUUGUCUUCAUCUUGGAUGGUCUGGAUGAGUGCCGACUUCCUCUGGACUUCCAGAACAACCAGACCUGGACUGAUGUCACAAAGCCGACCUCAGUGGACGUGCUGCUUACAAACCUCAUCAUGGGCGACCUGCUACCAUCUGCUCGCAUCUGGAUAACCACACGCCCUGCGGCAGCAAAUCAGAUCCCUGCAGAGUGUGUUGACAUGGUGACAGAGGUGAGAGGGUUCACCAACCCAAAGAAAGAGGAGUACUUUAGGAAGAGAUUCAGAGAGGAGACCUUGGCCAGCACAAUCAUCUCCCACAUCAAGAAAUCACGAAGCCUCUACAUCAUGUGUCACAUCCCAGUCUUCUGUUGGAUCAGUGCUACAGUUCUGGAGGACAUCUUCAAAACAUCCCAGAGAGGAAAAGAGAUGCCGAAGACUGUGACUCAGAUGUACAUCCACUUUCUUAGGGUUCAGUCCAUACAGAAGGAUAGGAAGUACCAUGGGAGAGCUGAAACAGAUCAACACUGGAGUUCAGAGAGCAGGGAGAUAAUUUUUUCUCUGGGAAAACUGGCUUUUAACCAGCUGGAGAAAGGCAACCUGAUCUUCUAUGAUGCAGACCUGGCAGAGUGUGGCAUUGAUAUCAGGGCAGCCUCAGUGUACUCAGGAGUGUUCACCCAGAUCUUUAAACAGGAGUGUGGGCUGUACCAGGACAGGGUGUUCUGCUUUGUCCAUCUGAGCAUCCAGGAGUUCCUGGCUGCCCUUCAUGUAUUUUUGUACUUGAUCGACACUGGUGUCAAUCUGCUCUCAAAUGAACAACCUAUCUCCUGGGAAGAUAAACUCAUCUUCCUCUACCAAAGUGCUGUAGACAAGGCCUUGCAGAGUGAGAAUGGACACCUGGACUUAUUCCUCCGCUUCCUCCUGGGCCUCUCUCUGGAGAACAAUCAGAUUAUCUUACGAGGUCUGCUCAGAGAGACAGUCAGUAGCCAAUGGACGAAUGAGGAAACGGUGUCUUACAUCAAGGAGAAGAUAGGUAGAGAUCUAUCUCCGGAGCGAAGCAUUAAUUUGUUCCACUGUCUGAAUGAGCUGAAUGACCGUUCAUUAGUGGAGGAGAUCCAGUACCUGACAUCAGGAAGUCUCUCCAGAGAAUCACUCUCCCCUUCUCAGUGGUCAGCUCUGGUCUUCAUCUUACUGUCAUCAGAAGAGGAGCUGGACGUUUUUGACCUGAAGAAAUACUCUGCUUCAGAGGAGAGCCUUCUGAGGCUGCUGCCAGUGGUCAAAGCCUCCAAAAUAUCUAGACUGAAUGGCUGUAAGCUGUCAGAGAGAUGCUGUGAAACUCUCGCAUCAGUUCUCAGCUCCAAUUCCUCUAGUCUGAGAGAGCUGGACCUGAGCAACAAUGAUCUGCAGGAUUCAGGAGUGAAGCUGCUCUCUUCUGGACUGGGGAGUCCACAUUGUACACUGGAAACUCUCUGGUUGAAUGGAUGUCAUCUGUCAGAAAGAUGCUGUGAAGCUCUGGCCUCAGUUCUCAGCUCCAACCCCUCUAGUCUGAGAGAGCUGUACCUGAGUAACAAUGACCUGCAGGAUUCAGGAGUGAAGCUGCUCUCUGCUGGACUGGGGAGUCCACACUGUAAAAUGGAAACUCUCAGGCUGAAUGGCUGUCAUCUGUCAGAAAGAUGUUGUGAAGCUCUGGCCUCAGUUCUCAGCUCCAACUCCUCUAGUCUGAGAGAGCUGGACCUGAGUACCAAUGAUCUGCAGGAUUCAGGAGUGAAGCUGCUCUCUGCUGGACUGGGGAGUCCACACUGUACAGUGGAAACUCUCAGGCUGUCUGGCUGCCUGAUCACACAGGAAGGCUGUGCUUCUCUGGCCUCAGCUCUGAGCUCCAACCCCUCCCAUCUGAGAGUGCUGGACCUGAGCUACAAUCACCCAGGAGACUCAGGAGUAAAGCUGCUCUCUGCUGGACUGGAGGAUCCACGCUGGAGACUGGACACUCUCAGUGUGGAGCACGGUGGAGUGUGGAGGCUGAAACCAGCUCUAAAGAAGUACGCCUCUGAACUCAAACUGGAUCCAAACACAGCCCACCGACGACUCUCUCUGUCUAUGGACGACAGAAAGGUGACGUGGAUUGGAGAGGACCAGUCAUAUCCUGAUCACUCAGAGAGAUUUGACUCACAUCACCAUCUCUUGUGCAGAGAGGUUCUGACUGGCCGCUGUUACUGGGAGGUAAAGAGGGAAGGAGAAGUUUAUAUAGGAGUGACAUACAGAGGAAUCACAAGGAAAGGAUUGGGUGAUGACAGUUGGCUUGGAUGGAACAACAACUCCUGGAGUCUUUCUUGUUAUGAUGAUCAUUACACUGCCUUGUACAACAGUAGUGAAACAGCCAUACGUCUCGCCCCUGCUGGCUCCAACAGAGUAGGAGUGUAUCUGGACCGGCCUGCUGGCACUCUGUCCUUCUACAGAGUGUCCCCAGAUGUAGGAGGGUCCUCAGACACACUGACACACAUCCACACCUUCCAGUCCACAUUCACCCAGGAGGACCUUCUCCCUGGGUUUUACUUAUGGGAUGGUGCAUCAGUUUCUCUGUCUCAGUUUGAUCUCGCUCCGAGAGACCGCGCAUCUAGGCGCACCUCUCGUAUGCACAGAGAGAGCGCGAGAGAGAGAGAGGGAGGGGGAGACAGAGAGAGAGUGACAGAGAGAGAGAGAGCUAACCCUACCUAAGAAAGGAUGAAAGCCGAAAGUUACUGUAGUUUUUUCAACCUUUAUUUGCACUUGAAAAAGAUUUUUAACAAAGCAGUUAUGCAUGUAAAAAAAAAACAGGUAGACCACAUUGCUUAAAUCACUGGGAUAUGUUAAACCAUCUUAACAACAAUGAAUUUUUAAUGCCUUACGUACCGCAUUUGCAUUGCUUAACAAACUGUUUCCCUUAUACGAUUACAAAUAAGAACUCAACACAAAAGCAUUGUAAGCUAGGCAGAUACUGUAAUAUGGUAAUACUGUAGGCCAAAGGCUGAACAAUAAUACCGGUAGCCAAAUCCUGGCUAAACGGUAGUCUAGAACUAGUUGGCUGAAACACAUGAAAAUAAAACCAAAAAACAUGAAUGAAGGCUACCAGUAAAACAACUGGGCAAGCAUGUGGCACACCGGUAUACUGUAAAAUAAAUGACCAUGUCCAAAAGUCCUCCUCUUACUUCUCAUCACCAUCUUCCUCCUCAUCACAAUCGUCCUCAAAUACCAGUUUGUUGUUGAACUCUUCCUCCUCAUCGUUCUUCUCAUCCUCUCCCUCUCCAACUUCAGCCAAUUCUCCCUGUCUUGCCUGAACCAACGGCUCUCGCCCUGAUGCGCAUGGCUCUCUGAUGCGUGGCCUGACAGCUGCCACUGUCAGGCCACACACCUGGAAGGAAUCUACGGUAUUCCGGUACUUACGCUACAGUCGGAAUUCAAUUACGAAUGCAGGCACGCACACACACACACACCUACCUUGAGGGAGUUUUUCACCCGCUCUGUAUCCAGCUUGUUCCACGCUUAACGCACCUAGGACUAGGCUACUAAUAUGCGGCGAGCUGGGGCUCUUAUGUUCCUUCCUGCGGUGUAUUCCUUGUCCAAAUCCCCUGCCAUCCAUUUAUCAUAGGAUUCAUGCAGACUGCCUUUGAACGGCUGAUUCCAAACAACGUCAGGGGCCUGGAUGUAUCUUGUACAACCUUCCGGUAUGACAGCCAUGGUUGUGUUGUAGCCGCGCUUGAGUUCCGCUUUGGUGGCAGGGCUGAUUUGAUACGAAUCCCAGGGUAGGGGUUGAGGACAGAAGUUGAGUUUUCCCGCCACUUUUUGCAGCCAGUCUGCAGUCAGAUCCUCGUUCAUCCAGCCGUUCUUGGAGGACACUACCAUCGCUCCACUGAUGUUUUGCAUUGCCUUGACUUCCCUGAUACCCCCUUUGUACACAACAUAAGGCUUCAGUUUUGUCCAAUCCGCUUUCGCAGCCAACACCACUUGUUAAGUCACUCUUCUCAUGGCCUGUAGUUUUCAGAGGAACACUGCGCGCACCUCUCGUAUCCAUUGUAUUUUAGCCGACCACCGCUGUUUCUUCCAUAGCUAUGAUGUUCUUCUCCUCUGCCUUAUUUUUCUCGAUCAUCCGCGUCACAAAUGGGACAAAAUUCACCAGCUUCUCGGUGAAGUGCCUUGCGUCUUUCUGAGCAACCGUUGUAUGUCUUCUGACAGGAAAGUUAUUGCAGUGGGAGAUUCUGUCAAGCCAGCCAGCACUAGCAGAAAAUUCCUCAUCUCUACUGUCAGUCACGGGGGCAUAGAUUUCGUUAGCCUUAAUCCUGCGGCUUCUCCUGAGUUUUUUGUUGACCCCAAAUUUGACCGCUGACAGCUUCAAUUUCAGGUCGUACUUCUUUCUCAGUGGCGGCAUGGCAUUUAAACGUUCACUCAAGCUACAAUCUCAGGCUUCUUCUUCUUGUUAUUGUUUUACGGCGGUUGCAUUGGUUGCCUGGUUUACUCAACCGUCAGUGUGUAAAUGUGUGAAUGAAUUGUUGCAAAUCGCUUUGGAUAAAAGCGGCAGCAAAAUCCCAUGAAUGCAAAUGUAAUGCCACCCAUCUUAUUGGUGCGUUAUCGCCAAAUUCUAGAAAAAACAGACCCGGCGUCUAAUUGACACCGGUGUUCAUUUGUCUAAACUGGCCGCACCCGGCCAGUAAAAGGAACUCAGCGUUUAGUUGGGAUUCUUCUUUUAAUUGUCUUACGGUAAAUACACAUAAUUACUCACACACACAAACAUGUUUGAAUACAAAUACCGUUUGUAUGUGUAUUGUGUGGAUGUAUUAUAUACUUAUACUUAAAGAGUUUUUAGAUCUUCCGUAAGGUUUACUUAGCAAGUUUUACAAAGAUUUAAUUUCUAAUGUAAAAUCCAUCUUCAAUCUGGAUUUAUAGUACAUGUAAUUUGUAUAAAUAUUUUGUUGAACAGUUUAAUAAAGGGCAGUUUAUAUUUUGAUAGGACUAAGAUCGAACCUGAUUUAAAACAGAUGUAUAUUCAAAAUGCAAAUGGUCUUUGGGUAAAGCUAAUGAUGUUCAUGUUUUGAAUUACCUUAAACACAAUAUUGAUACCUUGUGUUCUGUUGGGAACAACAGGGAACAACAGGGCAGCAGAACAUGAUUAGUUAUUAAAGAUAUGGGUUUGUGAUUUGUAAUUUCUGAUACUUCUAUUAUUUAAGUCCCUCUGUUUAUUGUGUACAUGUAAGGGACUACUUUUUUGUUUUAUUUGUUAUUAAAGCAUCAUGAUAAUAAAAAACUCAGUGGAUCCAACUGAAAGUUAUCGUGUGUUCAGCAUAGGAUCAGUUUAAUCUUUAAGGUUGGGGGUUCACUAAAUAUUACCUGGGUUAGCGCACGAGAGGGUCCAUGCCAGCCACCGUACCACAGAAUUAGACCAAAACAUAUUUUAUGAAGAUAAUCACGUCACACGAUGAGUUUACACUUUGUGUUUGAUUAGUUAUUGCAAGGCAUGACAAUAAAGAAUGAUUAUAUUAUCAGGAUAUUUACAUCCCUGCCUGCAUCUUCGGCUGCGGCCACCAGAGGGUGCAGUGAGAACCCUGAGCCAAGGCAAGCUGAGCCUCUGGUGUUCUUCAGAGGAUUCUAAUUCCUGUUUCUUCAGUUGAAAUCAUCAGCAGAUGUUUCUCCAGAGCUCAAUACAUGCACCUUCUUAUAUAUAGUAAGUAGAAACAACACAAUAGACAGUAGCCUACUCAUCUAGAUGAAGUCUCUUACGCACAGGCUCCAUAUGAACUAUAGAUGCGAUAGGAGCCAUAAAUACACUUUAUUACUUCCUGGUUUCAGAGGAUCUCCUGAUAAGAAGCCAUAAAUAAAAAGUUGAUGAUUCGUUAUAUCCUCGCUGCCUCCACAAACUAUUGCUGCUGUGCUGAAGGGAACCUGAAGAUGUCUCUCACCGGCGUGGGUCCCAGUAAACAUAUGCGAGAACUUUAGUUCCUAGUUCCUACUACACAUUUAGUUCCUUCAUCAUGAUGCGUGAGAUUUUGAGUUGCGUGUCCCGAGCUCAAAUGUCCCGUUUUCCACCAACCACUAUCCCCUUUUGUCCACGAUUGCAUAGCUAACGUGGUCUUAUUAUAGCCCGAUCAUUCACUAAAAAUGACAUAGAAAGAAUAAAGCAUCCAGCAUAUGAUUUCAACAAUGUAUGAGGGCAUACGCAAUCCGCAUUAUGCAACAGGGAUGGUCGCACAGAGGAAUGCUGAUGGAAACCAGCGGACGAGUGGUGGGUUGAGAUGUGCGCCAGUUUCAGAAGCAGGGAGAUACCACACAAAAAUCUAUUUCUAAGUUGUCCGUUUGCUGUGUGUCUGCCUGGCACAAAUGCUCCCCUUGAGCGGAUCUUUUCCAUAAUACACAAUAUUAAACACACAAACACACACACACACAUGAUAGCGAUCAACUAAGCUAUAAUCUAGCAUGUAAGCAAUCGCUCCAUUAAUUAGUUAUUCAGCGUUUCAUGUAUUUAUGACUAUUACUCUUUUUCUAUUGACCAAACUGUGGCUCGGCAUCAGCAGAAGCACUUGCCUCAGCUACGAGCGUGUAGUAGGCAAAAAGCGCGGCUCCUUUAAAUAGAAAAGCAAAAUCGCAAGAGCGGUAUGAGCUGCAAAUAUUUUGGACAGUGUUGCGUUUUGAGCUAUUCGGCGAUUUUGCAUCUUUUACAGCUUUUGGUGUGUGAACGUACAGUUAGUAGGCCCCUGGUCUCCCAUGUAAGGGAAGGUGUAAAGGCCCUUAGUAGGCCUAUGCGCUGGAACAUACAAAGACUUUCCAGGUAACGUGGAAACAUCCACAAUUAUUUUCUCUGCUUUAUUUAUUUGCUUCCAUCACAACACUGCUAUUUUUUUUGCUAAAUUGCAACACUAAAUAAUGCUAACACAAGCACAUGUAUUUCAUUUAAAAACAACAAUAUAAUAUACAAUAUUAUUUCCCUCUCAGCAAACGGGGUGCUGAGGCACCCUCAGCACCUUAAUUCGGUCCCUGCGCGUCUGAUAAAAUGACUAAAUAUUAAGAUAUGAGGAGUACUAAAGCCAUGUUUUAGUACUCCGUCAUUACAUGUGGAGCCACUAGGGGUGAAUCCACCUCGGUGCAGUUCACCUUCUGGCCAACAGGAUAACGGUGAAAAAGACACAAGUGUGUGUGUGUGGUGAAGGUGUUUGGAAUGGUUGAAGAGCCUUUGGUGCUCAACACUCACCACAACAAGCGAACAGAAGAUAGAGACCCUACACGAACCCAACCCCACUAAAUGAGCACAAGACAUAAUGAUAGGUUCAUUCAAGGUAGGUUUGUAAAACCGUAUUCAUCCUCUCACCAGAGUGACUGAAUUAGAGACACCCUUUUUGUCACUGCACUGCAUCCUGCAUUUCAGCACCAUUAUGUUGCAGUUGAGCUUUGGCUGGAGGUGUUGUUUAAGUUGUUAAAUAAGUAGGCUAACUUUUCUUUCAAGGUGCGGUCAUCAACCAGGAGAAACAGAGUGAAACAUUUGAGCCACUGCAGCAGUCAGAGUGGACAUGUUGAGCCAAAAAGCACAACACACAUUAUUUCCUUCUUUGCUUUGUGGCGUUUUAGACUCAACUAAAACCAAAACUUCAGAGCAUUGUCUAGGGUCCUCAGGAUGUUUCUGCAACAUGCAUAAUGAGUGUGCAGUGCUUCUAUCAGUCUUACUGCACAGCGCCACACCAUCCUUCUGGUUCUGACCUCCAGAACACGGCUUAGGCCUUUUACACAUGCACUGUGUGCUCAGUCCAUGAUUCUUCCCCUUUCUUCAGUUUAACUCUUUCAAGCUUAGCAGAUGUUUCUCCAGAGCUUUCUCUUGGUUAUCCUUGCAGCACACCUGGAAUGUCCCUCCAGCCCCUUGGGUCCCAGCAGGUCUCUAAGGGGUACUGCCCCCUGACGUGGACCCAGUCUUCAUUCCCAGGUCUCUAAGGGGUCCUGCCCCCUGACGUGUACCCAGUCUUCAGUCCCAGCCAGUGCCGGCCCUGAGCAAUUUGGUGCCCUAGGCAAGAUUUUAAAAUAUCACACCAAAUAAAAACUAAAGAAAGAAACAAGUGAUAAAAUUAAAAAUACAAAAUAAAUAAGGCAAACAUAUUAAGCUGAACACUGCACACGAAAACAAGUGACAUAAAAUGAAUUAAAAAUACAAAAUAAAUAAGGCAAACAUAUUAAGCCGAACACUGCACACGAAAACAAGUGACAUAAAAUGAAUAAAAAAUACAAAAUAAAUAAGGCAAACAUAUUAAGCCGAACACUGCACAUGAAAACAAGUGACAUAAAAUGAAUUAAACAUACAAUACAAAUAUGGUAUUGCACAAAAUAAUAAAUAAUGAAACCAGUGCAGACAUAACAACACGCACUAUUGCACACAGUAAAACAAAGAAAAAUUAGAGACCUCUUGAUUCACCGCUAUUUACAUGAUUCCAACAGAGGGGGCUAUCUGCAUGUUGAUUGUAUUAAAGGUCUCAACAACACCUCAAGAAACUCACUUUACAGCCUUACUCUUCUUGACUUUCUUGAUGCAAAGUCAUCUAUAAUGUCAUCAUAUGACAGCUGUUUUCCAACAAUAUGGUUGUUGCUUAUAAUGGAAAGCCCACUGAGACGUUCUUGUGCCAUCGUUGAUCUCAGGUAGGUUUUAAUAAGCUUGAGCUUAGAGAAGCUUCUUUCCGCAGAAGCCACUGUAACAGGAAGAGUGGCGGAGAUCCUCAGAGCAACCCACAUUUUGGGAUACAUCUCUGUUAGCUUUUUCUUGUGCAGGAAAGUCAGGAGUUCCAUGGCUGUCAUGUUCUUUGCUGGCAAAGGUGGAAAGUUUUGCAUUUCCACACAAAGUUCCCUGUCAUUAAUGUCUUGCUGCCCAUCAUGGGUCAGAGCAGUGCUCAGGGUCUGACAUUGUUGUAGCAGCUCUUCUUUUGCUGAGUUGGGGAAGUUGAGGAGCACUCCAAACUUGUCCUUUACCUCUCUAAGGUUCUGAAAUCUCUCAUCGAGUGAAGAGACAACUGUAUCCACGACCACAUUAAAAAAUGUGGUUUCCAUUUUUGUUAAGUGCGUCAUUGAUCGGCUCAUCUGGAGACUCAUAUGCAAAGUGCUUUUUUGUGGUUCUUAACCGCUGUUGUUUCAGUACAGUCUCCACGUUCAUCUCUUCACACAUCUCCUUUGCAGUUGUCUGUGCAUCAGAAAACCCAGUGGUUCUGUAGCAGGCCAUGGAAUCUCUGGUUUCUUCAUCUAGUCUACAGCCACAUCUAGCUGCAUGGAGGGUGACUGCAACAGUUUACUCACAUGCUGGAUUUGGUUGAGGAUGUCAUACCAUAUGGCUGUACAAAUGGAAAAUCUGUAAGAUCCAGUGAC